ACAUAUCUACAAUUGCAGGACGAACGCGUGUGCUGAGGUUUAGUGAAAUUCACACCUUUGCGGUAAAAAAUUUAAAUUUCCAAAAUUAAUUACGAAAAAUAUAAAAUACAAGUGAAUACCUUGGGAGUAAAGCAAAAGAAAGCGGAAAUAGAGUACAAAUUGUUCGUGAGUUUAGCAGAAUCCCUAAAAGAAAUAUCGGUGAACGAGUUAAUUCAAAGUGCGAGCCUAAUCUAAAAUUUUUCAACGGACCUGUAUACAUACUAUAAAAGCUCAAGCAAUUCCUCAAGACAGCUAGAUAACCAAACCAAGUAUGUCCGCAACUAAUUCUUUUAAUCACUCGUAUGGUGCGCCGGCCGCUGCCACUGCCGCAUCAACAUCCAUGAUCCUACCACCCGCUGAAGGUGCAAAGCAGAAAGGCGGCACAUCUGCUAUGCGACGUCUGGAUUCAGCUGCGCCCAACAAACGUAAUAUACCCGCAAAUCAAUAUAGUUCGCAAAAGCAGCAGCAACGUGACGCCAACGCAUCGCCGAAACGUCAAUUGCAGGUUGCCCAACGGCACCAACAACAACACCAGCAGCAAUAUACCGAUGCCAUGCAAAGCGAAGAUACUUUAGAGUAUUUUAUAAAGUUCCCAACAAUGAACUAUCGUAGCGAUGCUAUGGAUAAUGGGGAUUCUGAUUUCGUAUUCGUUUAUAACGAUUCAAAUGUUCCUAUUGUUAUGCUACUCGGUUGGGCUGGCUGUCAGGAUAGAUAUUUAAUGAAAUACUCGAAAAUCUAUGAAGACCGGGGCUUAAUAACCGUUCGCUAUACAGCCCCAGUGGAUACACUCUUUUGGAAACGUACCGCAAUGGUGCCCAUUGGCGAGAAAAUAUUAAAACUAAUGUAUGAUAUGAAUUUCGACACUCAUCCGGUGAUUGUGCAUAUUUUCUCUAAUGGGGGUGCUUACCUGUAUCAACACAUAUCGCUAGCAAUGCGUAAGCACAGGACUCCUAUUCAAAUACGUGGAAUGAUUUUUGAUUCUGCUCCCGGUGAGCGUCGCGUUUUGGGCUUAUAUCGUGCCGUUGGAGCAAUUUAUGGCAAGGAGAGAAAGAAGUGUCAUUGUAUUACAGCUCUAAUUAUAACAUUAACCUUGAGCAUUAUGUGGUUCGUUGAGGAGACUUUUGCCGCUUUUAAGAGCCUCUUUUUCAAAACUGAGCCGGCACAAACCAAUCCGUUUAGUGAUUUGAAAAAUGAAGCAACCCAGUUUCCUCAAUUGUUCGUAUAUUCGAAGGGAGAUGUGGUCAUACCACAUCAGGAUAUUGAAAAAUUUAUUAAAGUUCGGCAAGAGCGCGGAGUAGAUGUAUCCGCUGCUUGUUUCGAAGAUGCCGAACACGUGAAGAUCUAUACAAAAUAUCCGUCACAGUACAUCCACUGCGUAUGUUCAUUUAUAAAUAAUUGCUUGUCGCGGCCUUAUAAUGGUGGUAUUGGUUUGGAGACGGCCACUAACAGUGGCUCACCUACUAGUUCGGUUCGUUCAGUGUUAGGUGCUACUUCAUCUAAAUACGAUUGAAUUAAUUAAAUGUUAUUUAAAUAUUUGUCAGGAAUAUGCAAGUAUGUACAUACACAUAUGUACACAUACAUAAGUAUAUAUGUUUAAUACCAAAUUUUGAACGUCUUUUAAUAUUACGUGAAUUUGGUCGAGAGUAGCAUUUGGAAGUAUGGUGUGCGUGUGAGCCGCUUAUAACUUUAGCAAUACUUAAGCAUUGUAACUGCACAAUAUCAAAUAUAAUAUGCGUUAGUUUAAUACUACUUCGAAGACCUAUUAAAACUUGACACUUUACAAUAAAAUAUUUUUGUUAUAUUUGCUUAAUUCUAUGCUUUAAACAUGAAAGCGAACAAUUAGAGACUUUGGGUUUUAUGUAUGUAGACGUUCAAUAUGUGAUACUGUUGGCAGAUAUUAAAGGAUGUAUAAAAAUGUAAAAGAUUCAUUUUAUGAAAGAUUUUAGAUCGUUUUAACACAAGUUUGUGAAUGAAAUAUUUUCCUACUUACAAGAAAAUAUGCAUUAAAUAGCUAAAACAUAUGUAUAUAUGGCUUUAAGUAGUGAACGAAUUUAAAUAAAUGUCGACUCUU